AUGGUAUCUCUGGACCUCAGAGACGCAUACUUACACGUUCCGAUCGCAGAGAGUUCUCAGAAAUAUCUGCGAUUGGCCGUGGACCUAGAGGGAACGAUUGUACACCUCCAGUUCCAGGCUCUGCCAUUCGGGCUAUCCUCAUCGCCCCGGAUUUUUACCAAGAUCCUGGCAGAACCCAUAGCGUUUCUGCGACUUCAGGGAGUAUCCAUCAUAGCCUAUCUGAACGACCUGCUUCUUUUCGCAGCCUCACCAGAGCAGCUAUCCAGGGACCUGGAAGUGACCAAGAAGGUUCUAACGGACCUAGGGUGGUUACUGAACCUACAAAAGUCCAGUUUAAAUCCAUCACAACGGAUCACUUACCUGGGAUCACUUACCUAUCUCUCAAGAGUGUUCCUCCCGGUAGAGAAAGUCAAGAAGUUGGACAGAGCAGUGGCUUCCCUCCAAAACAAUCAACAGGUGUCACUAAGGUCCCUGAUGUCAACGCUAGGUCUGUUGACAUCUGCCCUCCCAGCCGUGCAGUGGGCAGCUAAGACUGUGCGGGACGGUGCCGGACCAUCGUAUUCCUCUUAUCCUGAGGAACCUCAGACUGUGCGGGACAGUGCUGUCCUUGCAACAGAUGAGAAAUUGUCCUGUCCCGAGUGCGGGAAGUGUUUCAGUUCCAAAAGCAAUCUUAAUGUGCAUAAAAAAUCUCACACAGGUGAGAAGCCGUAUUCCUGUUCUGAGUGCGGAAAAUCUUUUUCAGUGAAGUCCAGUCUUUCCAUACAUCAGAGAAUACACACGGGGGAGAAGCCUUUUUCCUGUUCUGAGUGCGGGAAAUGUUUUUCAAAGAAGUCCCAUCUUUUCACACAUCAGAGAUCUCACACUGGGGAGAAGCCGUAUUCCUGUUCUAAGUGCGGAAAAUGUUUUUCAGAUAAGUCCAGUCUUUCCACACAUCAGAGAUCACACACGGGGGAGAAGCCUUUUUCCUGUUCUGAGUGCGGGAAAUGUUUUGCACAUAGGUCCCAUUUUUCCAAACAUCAGAGAUCUCACACGGGGGAGUGGCCUUUUUCCUGUUCUGAGUGUGGAAAAUGUUUUUCAAUGAAGUCCAGUCUUUCCACACAUCAGAGAUCUCACACGGGGGAGAAGCCUUUUUCCUGUUCUGAGUGCGGGAAAUGUUUUUCGCAGAUGUCCAGUCGUAACACACACCAGAGAUCACACACGGGGGAGAUGCCUUUUUCCUGUUCUGAGUGCGGAAAAUGUUUUUCACAUAAGUCCCAUUUUUCCAAACAUCAGAGAUCUCACACAGGGGAGAAGCCUUUUUCCUGUUCUGAGUGUGGAAAAUGUUUUUCAAUGAAGUCCAAUCUUUCCACACAUCAGAGAUUGCACACGGGGGAGAAGCCUUUUUCCUGUUCUGUGUGCGGGAAAUGUUUUUCGCAGAUGUCCAGUCGUAACACACAUCAGAGAUCUCACACUGGGGAGAAGCCGUAUUCCUGUCCUGAGUGUGAGAAAUGUUUUUCACAGAAGUCCAAUCUUUACAAACAUCAGAGAUCUCACACAGGGGAGAAGCCGUAUUCCUGUCCUGAGUGUGGGAAAUGUUUUUCACGGAAGUCCCAUCUUGACACACAUCAGAGAUCUCACACAGGAAAGAAGCCGUUUUCCUGCCCUGAGUGCGGGAAAUGUUUUUCAGAUAAGUCCAGUCUUUACAUACAUCAGAGAUAUCACACAGGGGAAAAGCCGUAUUUCUGUCCUGAGUGCGGGAAUCGUUUUUUAGUGAAGUCCCAUCUUAAAACACAUCAGAGAUCUCACACGGGGGAGAAGCCGUAUUCCUGUCCUGAGUGCGGAAAAUGUUUUUCACAGAAGUCCAGUCUUUCCACACAUCAGAGAUCUCACACGGGGGAGAAGCCGUAUUCCUGUCCUGAGUGCGGGAAAUGUUUUUCACAGAAUGCCAGUCUUUACAAACAUCAGAGAUCUCACUCGGGGGAGAAGCCGCAUUCCUGUCCUGAGUGUGGGAAAUGUUUUUCGGUGAAGUCCAAUCUUUACAGACAUCAGAGAUCUCAU